AUGCCGUCGACAGUCAGCCAUGUGGUGCCAUACCAUCCGAACGAGUACGUGCAGACCGCGUUGACGGGCAACAAGGUGUCGCGCAAGGCAACCAUACUAGGCUCUCAGAACAUCAUUCUUGGCGGCAAAUGUAUCAUUCAGCACGGUACUAUCAUCCGAGGUGAUCUCAAAAGGAUUUCAGCUCCUUCAACUUCAUCGACAACAACAGCAGGAAGUCAGACGCAGCCUGCGCAGUCUGUUGCCAUCUUCAUCGGACGAUAUUGCAUCCUGGCAGAAUCGAGCGUCAUACGUCCCCCAUACAAGACCUACAAAGGUGUUUUCUCAUAUUAUCCGAUCAAGGUGGGCGACCAUGUUACGGUUGGAGCCAACACGGUGUUGGAGGCAGCAUCCGUCGGAUCGCACGUCGAGAUUGGAGCAAAUUGUCUGGUUGGUCGUUUCGUCAUCAUCAAGGACUGCGCUCGGAUUUUGGACGGUAGCGUUGUCGCUCCAAACACCGUGAUCCCCUCCUUUUCGAUAUUUGGGGGCAGCCCAGCCAGGCUGAUCGGUGAGCUGCCAGAGACUUUCUCCGAGAGCUGCGAGGUCAAGAUGAAGGACUUCUACCAACGUUUCCGACCUGCAAACGAGAGGUGA